UGUGUGUGCGUGCGCGCGCGCCUGAACUCACUGUGCUCUCCCUCUCAAAACACACACACACAUAAACACAGAAAUAAAAAGUUUGUUUUUAAAAAGAUAAUGCAAUUAAAAAGAAAGGCAAUAGUUUGUAGAAAAUGUAGCAAUAUGAUAGGGAGUUGAGGUCUUCAUGGCACUGUAUUAUUUUUAUGAUUUACAAAAGAAUUAAUAAAACUUCAAGGACAAUUAGGUUAAAUGAGCAAGAAAAAUGUUCAGCCUCACUGAUAAUUAAGCAAAAAUAAUAUAGCAAUCCAUUUUCUUUUAAUUUGCUUUCUUAAUUCCAGUAUAAUUAACAUACAGUUUCAGGUGUACACUAGUUCAGCAAUUCUGUAUGUUACUCAGUGCUCAUCACCAAAAGUGUGCUCUUAAUCCCCUUUAUCUAUCUCAGCCAUCCCCCCACCUACCUCCCCUCUGGUAGCCACCAGUUCUCUAUAUAUGAGAGUCUGCUUUUUUGUUUGUUUGUCUCUCUUUUUCUGUGUUCCUUUGUUUUGUUUCUUAAUCAUUUGCUUUUUAAAAAAUCAGCAAAAAAUAUAAAAUGAGAUAAUGCCCAUUGCUGGUGGGGGGAAAAGAAGGGAGGAAGUUAUUCUCAUAUCUUGCCGAUGUGUAUAUAGAAUUAUUUAUUUGUUCUUUUAAGCUUUUUUUUAAAGGAAAUUUCCCUUUUUUUAAUUUUAAUUUUUUUUUAAUUUAUUUAUCUAGAGAGAGAGCAAGAGAGAGAGAAAGCAUGAGUUGGGGAUGGAGGGAGGGAGGAAAGGAGAGAGAGAGAGAGAAUCCAGAGCAGGUUCUGUACUUCCAGUGUGGAGCCUGAUGCAGGACUCAAACCCAUGAGUAGUAGAUCAUGACCCAAGCCAAAAUCAAGAGUUAGCUGCUUAACCGACUGAGCCACCCAGGUGCCCCUGUUCUUUUAAACUUUGAAGGUGUAGGGGAGAUAAAACUUGGUUCUACCCUGCUCAAUUCUGUGGCAGGGCCUGAGUAAUAAACAUGGUAAGAGAAAAACAUACAGAUGUUACUUAAUAUUAAAAAUUUUUCAGGGGCCGCCUGGGUGGCCCAGUUGAUUAAGCAUAUGACUUCAGCUCAGGUCAUGAUCUCGCAGUUUCUGAGUUCGAGCCCUGCGUUGGGCUCUGUGCUGACACCUCAGAGCCUGGAGCUUGCUUCAAGUUUCGUUUCUCUCUCUCUCUGCCCUUCCCUUGUUCAUGCUCUGUCUCUCUGUCUCUCAAAACUAAAUAAACAGUAAAAAUUUUUUUAAAAUGUUUAUUUGUUUUUAGAGAAAGAGAGAGAGAGAACUUGGGAGCAGAGGAGGGACCAGAGAGAGAGGGAAAGAGAAAGAAUCCCAAGCAGGCUCCACACUGCCAGCACAGAGCCCAACGCAGGGCUUGAACUCACAAACUAUGAGAUCAUGACCUGCGUGAAAAUCAAGAGUUGGAAGCUCAACCUACUGAGCCACCCAGGGGCCCUGAGAUGUUAUUUAAUAUUUUUAUGUGCACACAGGGUCUUCAUAAGGGAAAUUAAGACCUGAAGAAAUGGGUUGAACUGAGAGUUUAUAUAGUUUGUUUUUUUUUUAGUGUUUAUUUUUGAGAGAGAGAACGUCAGCGCGUGCAAGUGCAAGUGUGUGCACAUGGGGGAGGGGCAGAGAGAGAGGGAGACAGAAUCCGAAGCAGUCUUGACACUGUCAGCACAAAGUGGGGCUCAAACUCACAAACUAUGAGUUUAUGACCUGAGCUGAAGUUGGAUGCUCACCUGACUGAGCCACCCAGGCAUCUCAGAAAGUUUAUAUAAGUUUUAAACGAAGAAUCAAUAAAUUUGAUGGGAAGUGACUAGGCAAAGGAGUUUCAGCUAGAGGCCAUAAAUUGUGAAACAGUGACUAGAAAAUAUAUGGGAGAGACUAAUGGAAGGUAAGGGUUAUUUUAGUAGGUUUGGUUGUACAGAUCCAUUUUGGCAUCAUCUCCCAGUCUCUAGUGCUAAGAAUGUUCUUCUCUUCUGGUAUAAAGAGGGCAUCUUUCUCAUGGGAAAUUUUAUGACCUGCUUUUGGGUAGAAAGAGGGAGGUCAGAGAGACUUUCCUGAAUUUUCUAUUUCUCAAGUGUUUUCAGCCCAAAAUAAUAUGCCAAAGUGACAUAUUUUGGGGUGGCAUGUUCUGAACCCCUUCAAAAUAUAAUGUGUACCAAUAAUGAACAUAUUGAGUAUACAGUUGAAUUUUAACAAAUUGUAUAAAUGUGACUAGCACUCAUAUCACUAAGCAGGACUUUAUCAGCACCCUAGAGGAACCCCUUGUACUGCUUUCUGUAUCUGACAUAGCCUUUUUGAAGGAAAAUAAGUAUCCUGACUGAUGGCUGAGUCAGGCUCAGCUUUAAUAGAUACUGUCAAUUUUCCAAAGUAAUUGUAUCAAUUUAUACUGCCAUCAGCAGUGUGUUAGUGUCCCAGUGGCUCCACUUCUUCAUGAUUAUCGUUUUGAAAAGCAUUUUGACAGAAUGUAUCAGGAGACAUAAAUAUAUCUAUCGCCAGUUAUCUAGUAAUUCUACUAAUUGAGAAGAUGGAAAAAGAUACAUGCACAAAAACAUUCCGUGAAGCAGAGAUCAAAGACCACAGGCUAAAUCUGGCCAGCUAUAGCCCACAUCCAGUUUCAACCAUUUGUUUUUUUGUGGCUACUUUUGUGCUAUAAUGGAAGAGUUUAGUUGUAGAAACCUCGCGAAACAGAAAAUAUUUACUAUCUGACCCUCUCCAGAAAAAGCUUGCUGACCCCUGCAUCAGAGCAUUAUUUAGAGUAGUGAAAGAUUAGCAAUAACCAGUAUAUCCAUCAGUUGGGGAAUUACAAGAUAAAUCCUGGUGUAAGCACUUGAUGGAGUAGGAUAUAGUCAUUUAAAAUGAUGACAGAGGGGCACCUGAGUGGCUCAGUUGGUUAAGUGGCCAACUUCAGCUCAGGUCAUGAUCUCACAGUCUGUGGGUUCAAGCCCCACGCCAGGUUUCAUGCUGACAGCACAGAGUCUGGAGCUGCUUCGGAUUGUGUGUCUUUCUCUCUGCCCCUCCCCCACUCACACUCUGUGUCUUUCUCUCUCAAAAAUGAAUAGACGUUAAAAAUUGUUUUAAAUAGUAAAAUGAUGAUAGAGAUUAUUAAUCCAGCAAAUAUUUAUUGGGCAUUUGCUAUGUGUUAGCUACUUUUCUAGGUGCUGGCAAAUCAGUAAAGAUAAAAAUUCCUGCCCACAUAAAACUUUAAUUUUAGUGGAGGAGAUAGAAAAUAAAUGAGAUAAAUAUCUAAAAUAAUAUGUAUGAUGUAAGUGCUAAGAUGGGAAAAAAAAGGGAAGGGAGAUAAAUAUUUUAGGGUGAGGGCUUGAUAUUUUAGAUUGCCUUCUUUGAGAAAAUGACUUUUGAGUAAGGACUUAAAAUAAGUGAAAGGGCUUGAUAUACAGGGCGUUGGAGGAAGAGCAUUUGAGGCAGAGGGAAAAUCAAGCAUAAAGGAGCAAAGUUGGAAAUGUGCUUGAUGUGUUCUGAGAACGACAGUAAGAUGAAGGGCUGCAGUAGAGUGAAGGAAGGGGAGAAGAGUAGCAAGGGAUGAGGUUGGACAGGUAAUGGGGGUGGGGGCGGCAGUGAUGAUGCAUCAUGGUCAACCUCGUAUAAUGUAGCUAUCUUUUAUAAUAAAAUGCAUAUUUUGAAACUUGAAGGAUUUUGCAUACUUUAGUAGUCAAUUACUUCUGGUUGAUUGUAGCCUGCCAGUGGACAGCACUGUCUUAAAUCAUCUUAGGAGUUGCUGGUUUUUUAAUGAUUAAUUUUUCAGUGUUUGAACCGGAAGGAACUGUGGAGACCCCUUUAUUUUUUGUUUUAUGGGUAAAGGAAAUGAUCUGAAGAAGUGAAGGAACUCAGGCUUUCAGUUUUUUUCCAUAUGUGUUUGUAUGUUCCAUCACUGUUUAAUCUGAGGUUAUUCUGUAUUUUAGUGAUUUUUGUCAUUAAUAACUUAUCUAAUCUUUAACAUAAAAAAAAUCCUUUUUAAAAUAAUGAAAUUUAAAUCUCUGUUGUCCAGAUUUUCUCAGUGCCAAAACCCUUGUAGCCAAUAUGGUGUUAAUAAUGAAUUCUUUUGGCUAGCACCCUGGUUGAGACCAUAUAUAUAGAAGGACUCAGACUACCUGGGUUUGUUUCUGGCUCUUAUUAGUACUUAACCUCCCAUUUAUAAAAUGAUUUGGUACUAACUAUGUACCUCAUAGGGUUGUUGUGAGGAUUAAAUGAAUUCAUGUGGGUAGAAUGCCAGGCAACUAGGCCAAAUUAUUAUGGAGGCUUAAAUAUCAGGAAGGGAAAGUAUUUGAGCCUUAGAUACCAGAGAAAUUUGAGUUCGACAAGUACUUGGAUUGUGUUAUUGAAAGUUUGUAUGUGUUUCUCUACUUUGACUUAAUAGGUAACAAAUAGCAAUUUAUUAACAUUUUAAUUAACAUCAGCUUAAUUAGCAUAGUGAGUUCAAAUCAUGUGCUGUUGUAGCACUUAUGUUAUAAACCCUUCACAGCUAUCAAAUUUUGGGGGGAAGAAUACUUAUUUUAACUUCAGUAGGAGAAAUACUGUGAUUUAGGUGAGUGGCCUGAGUGAGUGGGUCACAUGACUAAACACAGCACAGGAUGAAUGAUAAAAGGCCACUGGCUGGCCUGAAAGCUAUUGGCACAGUGUCCAGCCAGCUCUAGGAAAGAUUGCUUGUUUACUGGAGCAUGCAAGAGCUUUGCUUUGUGCGUAUAUAGGUCAGGGCAGUAAAGAACUCUGCAUACACAGGGCAGUAAAGAACUCUGCAUAGACAGACACAAAUUGGUGAAAGGGAAUCAAGUAGAGAGUGAUGAGGAUGUAACCCUGUCCUCUGAAGCAUGCCACCAAAAUUCUAGUAUUUGAGUGCCCCUAAUCUCAGAGAGGCUGAGCACCAAUGAACUCAAAUAAUGGAUAUAGUUAAGAAUUAACACUUUUUUUUUUAGUUUUUCUAGAAAAUGACUUUCAAAAUGUAUUAUAAAGCUUGCUAAAAUUUGAAGUAUGAAAAAAAAAACACCCCAGAAUUUAACUUACAGAGUACUUUGACAAUUUAUGAAAAAAAAAAAGUUAGAUAUAUUUUUCUUAGUGGUAUUUAAUUUAGUGAAGGAUGAUUUUAUAUACAUACUGUGUCCAUACUAUAUUUUGUGUUUGUGACUAUUUGGGGGUUGCAUAAAAUUCUAUUACUUUUUAGUGGGAAAAAUCUGAAAUCUUUUUGCACUGUUGAUUUUGUUUUCUUCAGUGCUAAGUCUUCAGGAGUUUUACUUGCUCAGGCUGCUGCUUUUUUUCUUUUUAACAUAGCUGGAUAAAUGCAGAUAUAGUCAGCAGUGUUUCUGCCUUCCUUGCAGAAUCAUAGGUUAUAACUUAGGGUUUCUGUGGGCACAUUAAUUCUGAAUAGAACCUAGGGAUUGUGCUUAACUAGAAAUGUGGUGGUUUUGGUAGUGAGUUCCUAACAGAACUCAGGUACUUAUAUGCUCAGUAGGACAUUGCUGUUGUAGCUGUUGUGGUAUUUAAUUGAACCUGAAGGUCCCUCGGAGCUUUCCUAGUCCAUUAUAUUAAACUGAGAAAGUUUUUAAAAAUGCAAUUCAGUAUUUAUGAUUUAGUUAAUAGUUAAGCUAAGGACUUUUAGAAGUAUUUGGAGGUGGGAGGAAAGAAGCCAUACAUUUACAGAGACUUUCAUGAAACAUAAAAUUGUGACACUGAAUUAGCCUUUUUUUUCCCAGCCCUCUGCUGUUACCCUAGGCUCUGGUCCAAAGAGGUAGCAUAUGACUCACACUCUCCCUAACACCCUUGUUGUUGGGUUCGUUAUUCUUUUCAGGGUUGGGUUGGUGUAUCGAAUGCACAGAAUUAAUCUGAAUACUCAGGAAGGAUGUAUGGAAUCUCUCUUUAGAUUGUAAGAAAUGACUAUGAUUGAAUAUUUUAGUUUGAGUCUUUUGAGUAGGACUUUCUGUUUUGUGUGAUAAAUAUACUGCAUUAGCAGCAGGGGAACUAAAUUUCUAUUGACUAGGAUAUCAGUCAAAGUUUAUAUUCCUGUAAGAUCAAGUAUGACUCUGAGAUACUGUAUGUUUUAGCUUGACUUGGUAAUUCUUAAUCUUUUUGUGGGUCUUUGACCCCUUUGAGAAUUGGAUAAAAAAUUUGGAUUCUCUUCUCAGAAAAUGUACAUCUGCAUAUAUAGCAUACAAUUCUGUAUACAUUUUAGGAAAAAAUUAGAUCUUUCUGACACAUUAUGCUAACAACCUCUAUUUUGUGUAUUUAUACUUUAGCAUGUGACUUUCUUCUGUCUUCAUAAGAAUGGAAACCUUAAAGGUUUGAGAUAAGAAUUAGGAGAGUGAACUUAUGGACUUCCAGGGAAAAUUUACGUUUUUGAAGGAGGGGAUACUAUGGUAUUUUUCCAUCAGAAAUCCAUUUAGACUGUUGUUUCUGAUAAAUGUACGAGUAGUGCAUCUGGUUAAAUCAUUCUUCUGCACUGUAGGUUAUGAAAAAAUAGUGUCUCACUACUGGUACAUUCACAAAGGCAGUCUAGCAAGGAAAAAUUUAAAAGCUUAAAUUCUCAUUCUCAUUUCUGUGAGAAUAAAGAGGGUGAAUUCAUUAUGUCAAGCAUUACAAAUAAGCAUGUAUUAAAGCAGCUACAUAUGAUGAUGGCACAUUGUUGCAACACCCCAUGGAAGAUAAUUUGCAUGGAAGAUGAUUAUUCAAUAGGGCUUUAAUUUACAAGAAACAUUCCACAAUUUAAUUGAGCCCUUUUUGCACACACUGCUUCGCUUCAAUAGAUUGCAUUUGCUCCCUGCAUAUGUACAAUGCCAUGAGGGUGGUUAAAAUCUGAUUCAGUCUAGCUGGAAGGUGAAACAACAGCUGAAAGUCAUGUCAUAAAAAUAUACAUUAUUAAACAUUUGAGAAUUGUUUUGGAAAUCAGUUUUCUGUUGGCUGAUGUGUACCAUAAAGCUGAUUGUCUAAUUUUCUUUUUUCUAAUAAGAUUUGUAUAAGAUUAUUUGGCCCUGCUGGCCACUAGUUAAACUAUAUGGUUCAAUUUAAAAAUUAUUCACUUUUAUAGGCUAGUCACCUAUAUUGUACUUUUGCAUACAUAUGAGCAUACAUAGCCUGCAUUUAUAGUUAUUAUAGAAAGAAAAUUAUUUUGUGUAAAAAAGACACUAAAAUAAACAUUUCAAGAAAUAGCUGACUUAUAAUUAAAAUGCCUAGAAAGAUAAUACAGUAGUCCUCCCUUAUCCCGUGGGGGGAUAUAUUUCAGAACUGCCAGUGGAUGCCUGAAAUUGCAGAUAGUAUCAAACUCUGUGUGUGUGUGUGUGUGUGUGUGUGUGUGUGUGUGUGUGUGUGUGUAUACCAAUUAUAAAGUUCAGUUUAUGAAUUAGACACAGUAAGAGAUUGACAACAAUAAUAAAAUAGAACAAUUAGAACAUUAUACAUAAUAAAAGUUAUGUGAAUGUGGUUUCUCUCAAAAUAUCUUACUGUGUUGCAUUCACUGUUGUGAUGAUGUGAGAUGAUAAAAUGUCUAACUGAUGAGGUGAAGUGAUGUGAAUGACACAGUGUUAGGCUGCUGUUGACCUUCUGACACUAUAUCAGGAGGAUCAUCUGCUUCAAGACCACAGUUGACAGUGGGUAACUGAAGGCAGAACCUCAGAUAAGGGGGACUACUAUACAUGGUGUUAAAAAAAAAAAACAAAAAAGAAGUAAUGUAGCUAUGUCUAAUGUCUUCUCUGUUAGCAGAAUAGUAUAUGGAUAACUUUAUUAUAGAGAAGAGGUUUUGUGUGAGCCUGAACUGACUGACUCCUUGUAGAUGUUCCAUUUUUGAGCAUUUAAAAUAAGCAUUGUUGUGAGAAGCUAGGCCCAUUCUUAGUGGGGAAACACUAAAAACAUAUGGACGUAGUAAAGGUAUGUCCACAUGAGGAAAACACUGAAGGCCUUCAGGUUAAGUCAGAAUGUCUGUUAAGAUAAGGAUGUCUGUUAUCACCAUUGUUUUGCAAAUCCUAAGAUAGGCAAGAAAAAUGGAUAUAGAUAUUGGAAAGGAAACCAUAUAAUUAUCACCAUUUGUAGGAAUAGUGAUGGGAUAGAGGAAAAGAAUAUUUAAAAAAACAUUUUUUUAACCUUUAUUCAUUUUUGAGAGUGAGAGAGACAGAGCAUGAGUGGGGGGAGGGGCAGAGAGAGAGGGAGACACAGAAUCAGAAGCAGGCUCCAGGCUCUGAGCUGUCAGCACAGGGCCCGACGCGGGGCUCAAACUCACGGACUGCGAGAUCAUGACCUGAGCAGAAGUUGGACGCUCAACCGACUGAGCCACCCUGGCGCCCCAAGGAAAAGAAUAUUUUUGAGAAUAAGAUGAAAGUUUAAAUUGGAGGGAAGGGAGAUUGAAACAUUUUCUGUUGGUCCUCCAAGUUUUUGGUGAAUGAAGGCUUUCUGCAGAAAGUGGUGGUGGGGGGGUCGGGGUAGGGGGGCGCUGAGAGGGAAAUUGAGCAACUAAGAAGAACGAGAAGAAAGAAUUUAGAGUAGCUGUGAUGAAAAAGUAUGUGGUGUACCUCUAAGGGUUCAACUGAGGGUGAAUCGUAUGAAGACACUGUGGAGUCAUUCAACAAAGGUUGGUGCCUGUGAGUCAGGGUGAUUUCUGAAUUCUCUGAGCAUAAGCAGUUGAUUACCUGUGUGGGCACCUUGAUAACCACCUGAGGUGGUAAAGAAGUAGUUCAUCCUCUUCCACACAAUUUUGCUUCUGAGAUCUGAUGUUUGACUCCAUGAGACCCUGAAGUUAGAGAUCCUACAGGAUCAAUUAUAAGUAAGGUAAGGGAAAAAGGAAGGAUGAAAUUAUUUGGAGAAGAAGCCUGUGUUAUUUAUUUAUUUUUUAAUAAAGCUGUUUUCUUAUUUAGUUAUUUGAUAGAGCAUCCACUUGUGUGAGUGGGGGAGGGGCAGGAGGAGAGGGAAAGGGAGACUCUUAAGCUCCUACAUGGAGCCCUACAUGGGUCUUGAUCUUAAAACUGUGAGAUCAUGACCUGAGCUGAAAUCAAGAGUCGGACCCCUGACUGAACCACCCAGGAGCACCAGCCUGUGUUAUUUUUGUAGUGGGAAAAUCUGUUAGUAGAGGUCUCUGAUUAUGUUCAAAAAGGUCUAAAUGAAGUUCCUACUUCCUAGGGUUAUUGUGGAGAUUAACUAAAUUAGAUGUGAUGGUAUAAACUGUUUCCUACAGUGCUCUGCAUUAUAGUAACCUCUUAGUAGAUACCUGGUUUAAAAACAAAUGUAAAAAUCCUGUGCCCCAUGAGCCCGUUCUUUCCAGAUAUUUAAGCAGUCUUGUCUCCCAUGCAUCCUUUCAAUAUUCACCAUCCUUAAACUUUUUCUUUGCACUGGUCCUAGCCCCUGGUCCUUCAUCCUUGUCUUUGCAUACUGAGAAACCUGUGCUUGAGCCUGCCUGCUACUUCUUGUUCCCAUUUCCUUUCUUUCAUAGCCAGAUUCUUAAAUAAAUGGAUUAUGGUGCUAUCUUUUCUCUUAUCAGUAACUCUCUUUAAUCUUAGGGAAUUUGGCUGUCUCUGCCCCUUCUACUCAAAGUCUCCACAAAAUUAGACCUACCUAAUAGACAAACACCUAAGAAAAUGAUCAGGUGAUAAUAAGUGCUGUGAGGAAAAAUAAUUCAAGAUAGGGGGGUUUGGGAGUGCCAGACACAUGUUGGGGUGGGGGUUUAUAAGGUGGUCUGGGAAGGUAUCUUUAUUAAGAGGACGCUAAAGCAGAUUUAAGGAGCAAAUCAUAGAGAUAUCUGGGGAGAAAAACAUUCUAAGCAGUCAAUACACAGUCCCUGUAGUGGGGGCAAGGUUGAUGCAUUUGAGGAAGAGCAAGGAGGGUUUUGCAGAUGGAACAGAGUGACGGACAAGGGGAUGAUGUCAGAGAAGUAAGUAGAUGCACACUGGGAGCGUGUGAAAGUUAUCUUCUGAUUGCUUAUGUUUCCUCAGUGAGAGUAAGGAUGGAGCAGAAGGAAGUGGAGAUUUGAAGAGCUGUUCAAUUAGGACAGUAGAGAGAGAAUAGAUUUGAGCAAAGUGUAUCCCUGGGCCAGCAGCACCAAUAUCAUCUGGGAAUGUGUUAGAAAUGCAAAUUCUUGGGUCUCAUCCCAGACCUACUGAAUCAGAAACUCUGGAGGUGAGGACAGUCAAUGUAUGUUUUAACAAGCCUUCUGGGAUAUUAUGCACAAAAAAGUUUGAGAGCCAUCGGACUAAAGAGAUAAGUACAAAUUAGUACAUAGCCAUGAGGACCCACUUGAGUUUAGUGAUCUUAAGUUUAAUGUGAAAAUAGUCAUUAGGUUAUGUUGAAGAAAGAAAGGGACAAGGGAAUUGAGUGUGUACAAGGUAUUGUUUUAAAUGGUAUACCACAAAAUCUAAGUUGCAUAAAGAAAUAAGGGAGGAUGGAUCAUUGGGACAGCGAAAACAUGGUAGGAUUGACUUUGAGUCCCAAUGAGUCAAAGAAUUGGUCAGUGAAAGAAAUUCUGAUACAGAUCUCUGAUUAACUGUAAAUUACAAGUGUUUUCCCUUCAGUCAGGUGUCUCCAAAAACUAGUAUUUCCUGACUUUAGAAUUGUAUGUCAGAGCAAGUAAUUUUGAGUCAAAAGUUUUGAGUUCAUGGGAAUGCAAGCUGGUACAGCCACUUUGGAAAAUAGUAUGGAGGUUCCUCAAAAAACUAAAAAUAGAACUACCCUACGACCCAGCAAUUGUACUACUAGGCAUUUAUCCAAGGGUACAGGUGUGCUGUUUCGAAGGGACACAUGCACCCCCAUGUUUAUAGCAGCACUAUCAACAAUAGCCAAAGUAUGGAAAGAGCCCAAAUGUCCAUUGAUGGAUGAAUGGGUAAAGAAGACAUGGUAUAUUUAUACAAUGGAGUAUCACUUGGCAAUCAAAAAGAAUGAAAUCUUGCCAUUUGCAACUAUGUGGAUGGAACUGGAGGGUAUUAUGCUAAGUGAAAUUAGAGAAAGACAAAAAUCAUAUGACUUCUCAUGUGAGGACUUUAAGAGACAAAACAGAUGAACAUAAGGGAAGGGAAACAAAAACAAUAUAAAAACAGGGAGGGGGACAAAACAAAGGAGACUCAUAAAUAUGGAGAACAAACAGGGUUACUGGAGGGGUUGUGGGAGGGGGGAUGGGCUAAAUGGGUAAGGGGCACUAAGGAAUCUACUCCUGAAAUCAUUGUUUCACUAUAUGCUAACUAAUUUGGAUGUAAAUUAAAAAAAAUAAAAUAAAACAAGUUUAAAAAAGUUUUGAGUUCAGGUCCUGCCUUUUUUCUUUUUCUAGUAUGAAAUUUAUUGUCAAAUUGGUUUCCAUACAACACCCAGUGCUCAUCUCAACAGGUGCCCUCCUCAAUGCCCAUCACCCACUUUCCCCUCCCGCCCAUCGGCCAUCAACUCUCAGUUUAUUCUCAAUUUUAAGAGUCUCUUAUGGUUUGGCUCCCUCCCUCUCUAACUUUUUUUUUCCCAUGGUCUUCUGUUAAGUUUCUCAGGAUCCACAUAAAAGUGAAAACAUAUAGUAUCUGUCUUUCUCUGUGUACCUUAUUUCACUUAGCAUAACACUCUCCAGUUCCAUCCACGUUGCUACAAAAGGCCCUAUUUCAUUCUUUGUCACUGCCAAGUAUAGGUCCUGCCUUUGUUAGUUGGCCUUGGGUAAGUUACUUAACUUUUCUAAAUCAAUUUCAAUAUUUGUACAAUAGAACUAAAAAUACCUAAUAGCUUAGUCUCACAGUUGUUUACAGUAUGAAAUGAGAGACAAGCAUAUGAAAAUAUUUUAUAAAAUUACUCCUAAUAAUAAAGUCACAUCUCCUAGUAAUAAAGUCACAUCUCCUAAUCAUUACCCUCCACUGUUUUCCACACUGCCCUCCUCCUCUUCUAUAUCCUGAAUUUUGUUUAUGUAGUACAAAUAAUUUCGCCUUAUGUCUGUUAAAAAGAUAUGAAUCUUGUAGAAAAGUAAGAAAAAGUAUUGAUGACUCUUAUUGCUUGCCUUGUAAUAAAACGUUGUCUUAAAAAUACCCAAGGGUACAGGUGUGCUGUUUCAAAGGGACACAUGUACCCCCAUGUUUACAGCAGCAUUAUCAACAAUAGCCAAAGUAUGGAAAGAGUUCUGCUUCUGGCCAAGCUAGAGUAACUGGGAGCAGAUUUAUCACCCCACCUGUAUUAUUAGAAUUCUGCAGAGAAACAGAACCAAUUGGAUGUGUUUGUUUACAUAUUUUUUUAUAAGGAAUUGGGUCGCUUAAUUAUGGAAGCUGAGAACUCCCAAAUUCUGCAGUCUGCAAGUUAAAGACCCUAUAGAGCCAAUGAUGUAGUUCCAGUCCAAGUCUGAAGGCCUGAGAACCAGGAAAGCUGAUGGUAUACUUUCCAGUCUGAAAGCCUGAAGUCUCAAGACCCAAGAAGAGCCAGUGUUUUUUUUUUAGAGUCUGAAUGCAGGAAAAGACUGAUUAUUCAGUUCAUUUGUCAAGCAGGAAGAGUUUCUUCUUACUCAGCCUUUUUGUUUUAUUAAGGUCUUCAAUUGAUUGGAUAAGGUCACUCACAUUAAGGGGUACAAUCUGCUUUAUGUAGUCUACUGAUUCAAAUGUUAACGUCAUCCAGAAAUGCCCUCACAAACUCAACAUACCAACAUAAUGUUAAUCAAAUGUCUGGGUACCCUGUGACCUGUCAAGUUGAUACAUAAAACUAUCACUCCACCUGAAACAAUUAAGAAACCAGACAAAAUAUAUUAAAGAGUGAUUUUUAAAACAUUGGAUAUCAGGCAUUGACAUACAAGUGAUUUCUGAGAGAUGAGAAACAAGUAAGGUGAACCCCAUGACUGCUUCAGCUUACUACCUGGAAAGGAUUUCUAGGCUGUGGUGCAAGGAGGGGGAACUCAAGUGGAGACUGCCAGUUUCGCUGAGUUGAAAAGGUAGGGAUAGAAGUCUGAGGAGGCCAAGGUGACUAGAGUUCACAGAAUUCACAGGAAGAGGUAAAACUAUCUCUAUUCACGGAUAACCUAAUCAUAUAUAUAGAAAAAACCCAAGGAAUCCAGUAGAGAUAAUAAAUGAUUUCAGCAAAGUUGCAAGGUACAAAAAUCAACACACACAAGUCACUUGUAUUUCUGUACAUAUUCAGGAAACAAUCCAAAAAGGAAAUUAAGAUGGCAAUUCCAUUUAUAAUAGCAUCUAAGAGAAUAAAAUACCUAAGAAUAAACUUAACCAAGGCAAUGAAAUACUUGUACACUGAAAAUUUUAAAACAAUGCUGAGGGGUGUCUAGGUGGCUCAGUCGGUUAAGCGUCUGACUUUGGCUCAGGGCAUGAUCUCACAGUUCGUGAGUUCGAGUCCCGCAUCAGGCUCUUUGGUGACAGCUUAGAGCCUAGAGCCUGCUCCAGAUUCUGUGUCUCCCUCUCUGCCCCUUCCCCACUCACACUCUGUCUCUCUCUCUUUCCAAAAUAAACAAACAUUAAAAAAAAUUAAAAAACAACGGUGCUGAAAGAAAUUAAAGAGGACCUAAGUAAAUGGAAAUAUAGCUUGUGUUCAUGGAUAGGAAGACUUAAUAUUGUUAAUAUGUCAAUAUUCCCCUGAGCUAUUCUUAUCAAAAUUCGAAUAGCCUUUUUUUUUUACAGAAAUUAAACAGCUGAUACCUAAAUUCAUUUGGAAUUGCGAAAGAUCUUGAACAGCUAAAACAAUUUUGAAAAAGAACAAUUGGUAGGUGCCUCGGUGGCUCAGUUGGUUAAGUGCCUGACUUCAGCUCAGGUCAUGAUCUCAUGGUUUAGGAGUUAGAGCUCUGUGUCGAGCUCUGUGCUGACAGCUCGAAGCCUGGAACCUGAUUUGGUUUCUGUGUCUCCCUCUCUCUCUGCCCCUCCCCCACUCACACUCUGCACCUCUCUUUGGAAAAUAAAUAAACAUUAAAAAUUUUUUAAAUUGGAGGACUCAUACUUCCUGAUUUCAAAACUUACUACAAAGCUAUUAUAAUCAAAACAGUGUGGUAUUAGCAUAAGGAUAGAAGUAUAGACCAGUGGAAUACAAUUAACAGUCUAGAAAUAUAUCCUUAUAUAUAGGGCUGAUUGAUUUUCUUUUUUUUAUUAUUUUUUUAAAUGUUUAUUUAUUUUUGAGAGAGGGAGAGAGACAGAGUGUGAGUGGGGGAGGGGCAGAGAGAGCGAGGAAGACACAGAAUCCAAAGCAGGCUCCAGGCUCUGAGCUGUCAGUAGAGCCCGACAUGGGGCUUGGGCCCACAAGCUGUGAGAUCAUGACCUGAGCCAAAGUCAGAUGCUUAACUGACUGAGCCAUCCAGGAGCCCCAGGGCUGAUUGAUUUUCGACAAGGGUGCCAAGUCCAUUCAAUGGGAAAAGAAGUUUCUUCAGCAGGUGGUGCUGGGACAAUUAUAUUUCCACACACAAAAGAAUGAAGUUGGAUCCCUACUUCAUACCAUAAGGAAAGACACUGCUGAUCCUGUAACAUGGAGGAUUGCCUUCAUACCUCAUCUGAGAAUCUGUCCAAAUUGGUCAGCUGGGCCCACAGCCAUGGGACCAUUUGCAGCCUCAUUCCAAACCUGAAACACUUGCUUUCAGAAGGUUCCCAUGGGAACCUCACAGCAAUGUGGGGCUGUAGUGCUGGCCAUGCUUAUCACUGGCCAUUGACAGCUACUUGCAGAGCUGGGUCCCAAGAAAGGGUCUGUUUCCAGGAUAACAGAAGUUUUAACUCUGAUAGUCCCAGUAUAAUCGGAGUGCCCUCCGAGACACAAACUAGCCCUGUUGAAAGGUACCCUGGGAGACCAGUGAAAGCGAAGCUAGACUGUAAUCGGACCAGAGACUCUUGUGACUUCUCUUAUUGCAGUGAGCCCUCUGAACUGGAUGAAGCUGUUGAAGAAUAUGAAGAUGAAAACACCCUGUUUGACAUGGUUUGUGAGUCUUCUGUUACAGAUGAGGAUAGUGACUUUGAACCCCAAACCCAAAGGCCUCAAACCAUUGCUCGAAAAAGGCCUGGAAUAGUUCCAUCUUCUCUCCAUUCCAGCUCCCAAGCUCAAAUGGUUGAUGAAUGCAGCAAUGAUGUCAUCAUUAAGAAAAUCAAACAAGAGAUUCCCGAGGAUUAUUACAUUGUGGCGAAUGCAGAGCUGACUGGAGGGGUAGACGGACCAGCCCUGUCAUUGACACAGAUGGCAAAACCCAAGCCUCAGAGUCAUGCUGGUCCCUCUUGUAUAGGGUCUGCUAAGCUGAUUCCCCAUGUAACAUCUGCCAUCAGCACAGAGCUGGACCCACAUGGUGCGUCUGCAUCCCCCUCUGUGAUGUCCAGACCGAUCGUCCAGAAGACUGCCAGGGUAUCUCUGGCUUCACCAAACAGAGGACCUCCCAGUGCCCAUGGCACAAACCAGCAGGUGGCCAUGCAGAUGCCUGUGAGCACUUCCCAUCCUAAUAAACAGAUCAGCAUCCCUUUGUCUGCCCUGCAACUGCCUGGACAAGAUGACCAAAUUGCUUCUGAAGAGUUCCUGCCCCAUCUGCCCAGCCAGGUCUCCUCUUGUGAGGUAGCUCUUUCUCCCUCAGUUAACACAGAGCCAGAAGUGAGCUCCAGUCAGCAGCAGCCCCCAGUUGCUCCAACCAUAACCACUGAGGCCACAGCACAGUGCAUACCAGACCAGGAUGAAAGAGCAGCUGAGCUCAGCAGGGAGCAGAAUGAGAAAACCAUCCGGAGCACGCAGACUGCGCUCCGCAAUUUCCCCUAUUCUACUAAGCUCAACAAAUUUCCUGUAUUUAAUAUUAAUGAUGACUUGAAUGAUCUGUGUACCAGUGCCGUGAGCCCAAAUACUACCAAAGCCACGCGGUAUGCCCUGAAUGUGUGGCGAUAUUGGUGCAUGACCAACGGGCUCAAAGAUCACACAGACAUCACCAAGAUCCCCGCGGCGAAGUUGAACGAGCUGCUCGAGAAUUUUUACGUCACCGUUAAGAAGAGUGACGGCUCCGACUUCCUGGCCACCUCGCUGCACGCCAUCCGCCGGGGCCUGGACCGCAUCCUGAAGAAUGCAGGUGUGGGCUUUUCCAUCACCAGCAGCACCUUCAGCUCUUCCACCAAGAAACUCAAGGAAAAGCUGUGGGUGCUGAGCAAGGCAGGGAUGUCAGGUGCUCGUUCUCGCAAUAUUGUCUACUUUUCUCUUUCUGAUGAGGAGGAGAUGUGGCAGGCAGGGUGUCUAGGGGAUGACAGCCCCAUUACUCUCUUGUCCACUGUGGUCAAGUACAACAGCCAGUACCUGAACAUGCGGACACUGCAGGAGCAUGCAGAUCUGAUGUAUGGUGACAUUGAGCUGCUCAAAGACCCACAGAACCAGCCCUAUUUUGCCCGGACAGACAGUGUCAAGCGGGAGAGCCGGAGCGGUUCCACUAGAGUGUGUCAUGGGAAAAUCUACCAUGAGCAUUCCCGGGGACACAAACAGUGCCCUUACUGCCUCCUCUACAAGUAUAUGUACAUCCACCGGCCGCCCACCCAAAUGGAGGCCAAGUCCCCUUUCUACCUUACAGCCAGGAAGGAGGCCACAGACAUGGGCAGCGUGUGGUAUGAGGAACAGAGGAUGGGACUGCGCUCUCUUCGGGGAAUUGUCCCAAACUUAGCCAAGAAGGUCAAGCUGGAAAACUGUGAGAACUUCACCUUUGUCUCAUUUACUCAGGUCUCUAGGAGACUUGGCUCCCACAGUUGCUGUCAGUGAGUCUUCCCUGGGUCCAGGCCACUGCCCUGCUUACCCUGAUGGGAGGGAGCUCCCUCAGGCGGCCAGGGCCAGAGCUCCAAGGUGGCAGGGGACGACUGUGACAUCAAGGUCAGGCUGGUCUCUGUCAGUGUGACCUGCUGUUUCUUUGACUUCGGGUUUGUUCUUUUUUUUAACUGAAAGUAGAUGGGUCUGAGUAAUUAGGGUAUUUUAUCCAAAUGUGUGUCACCUUUGUUAAAUAAUAGAAUCUAACACAAUGUAUAAUUGUUCCAUACACAAAAGUGGAGGAAGUUCAUCUUAUCUAGUGCCUUUUUAGCACAGAUUUUUCUCAAAAAAAAAAAAAAAAAAAAACAAAGAGGAAGAAAAAGGAGACUGUUUAAGUAGUCAUUAAAAAACUCCCAGUAGCCUAGUAGCUUUAGAAUGUUAUGAAGACUAUAUAUACUUUGUUGAAUUACACUCACAGUAAGGAACUGGAAGGAGAGAGGCAGACAUGUUAACUGUUUCCAGGAGAAAAAUUGCACUCGACACUCCUCUCUGUGUCUUGUUGAUGGAUGACUUGGUUCUGCAGAGCAAGCAGCUUUGGUUGCUAGAAGCUGGUGGGGCUGCACUCAGUAGUGCUGAUAAGAGAGGCGGGGGGCUGCCCCCCACUGCUGUCAGCACAGGAGCAACUUGAUUCCUGCAUCAGCGGAGGCAGUUUUAAUUUUAUGGAAAGAGAUUAAUGCACCAGAAGAUGUUUAUGAGAGCAAGGUUUCCGGUGAACUAGAUGGUUUGUAUCGUGAGGGAAUUUCCAGUAGUGGGAAAAAAAAAAAAAAGUGGCUUGGGAAAGCGAUCUGUGAUCAAAAUAAGAAAACCUCCUGAAGCAGAAGUGCCUACGUUUUAUUUCUCAGUACCACGUGAAAGCUGUUUUCAUUCGAACGUUUUUUUGGAACUGUCUUUAAUCUGUUCUUUGUGUCACACAGUUGUUCUGUCAGCAUCUAGCACUGGAUCUGUAAAACAACUAAUGGUAAUUUUUCAGCUUAACCAGGAAAAUCCAACAAGGCAAGCUGCAAAGAAAACCCCAAACUGUGUUCAUUAAAGAGCUUUGAAAUAUGUUUGUCAAAGUAUGACUCUCCCAGCCACAGUAGAUGUCAUCAUUUGAGGUUGGCACCACUGCUUGGGACAUGAUGACGUAGGCAGCCUACCAGGUAAGCAGGCUCAGCAUUUUGGACGUAGUUGUGAGAAUCAGAGCAUGAUGACAGGCUGUUAAUGCAGUUUGAAAUCAUUUCACUCAGGUAAACUUCAACCUGAACACAUGCUGCUGAAACAUCAGCAGAAUUUUCUAAUAACUACUCUGAAUGAUAACUGAGAAAGGAGCCCAAAGAGUGGUAAUUAAUAAUAAUUUCCAGAAAUCUGUAUUUUGUAUUUGAGGAAAGACUGCUACAGCUUUAUACCAGUAUGCUCCUGCGUGUGCUUUCUAAUCCAAAAUUAAAAUUCCAAUAUAAAUUCAUUUUAUAAGAGUCCUAAAAUCAGUCCUGUUUCUUUUUCAAAACAUUAUUUUAGUAUUUAUUUUAAUUAAUCGUUCUUAAAUAUCAUUCACCAGUCAUUGAAAUAUGUAAUACUUCCCUUACCAGAAAAGACUCAGCCAAUGCUGCCUUAAGGUUUAAUGUUUUUCCCUUUUUAGUUAAACUGCACAUUUAUAAUUUUGUUUACUAGUUGGUCUUUCCUGAAUAUGGGUUAAUUUUGGUAUGUCUCCAUGUGUAUAUAAAUAACAGGCAAUACUGAAUAAUCAGUGUUAUGACUUGAUAUUGCGUACUGUUCUGUUGUGAUUUCCUAUAGUGAUUUUAGGAUUUUGCUUAAAAAGAGACACAAAACAUUAGGUACAGUUUUCUUUAGUUUGCUAAACACCCAAAGGCUAUUUUGUUCGUGGAAGGCAGACGGUCAUAUUUUCUGUCAGUUCUGCACUUAAACAGAAAUAUAACCCAUGUGAACUAUUGGGCAGACAGAGCCUACAGCCUAAUUGAAUAAAACCUCCAUCUUUAUUUUAAAUAGAAAUGAGAAUAAGUUGCCAUUAGGGAUCUCCGGGAUCUUUUCAGAUUAUAACAUUUCUGUAAGUGGCAAUAACUGACCCAGAGGUUGUCAUCUUUCUGUUGAGAGUGGCUUUUCAUCAGCUGAAUAACCACCUCUGCCUCACAUUUGUUGCUUAUCACUAUCUGAUGUGUUAUAAAUCCCCAGCGUUCUGAAGUGAAUGGUUAUAAUAAAAAAUCAGGAGGUGGAAUCUUCAGUGCUAUCUGAUGGAAUGAAAGAAUUGUAUCUCAGCAUCAUAAAUGUCGUGCAUUACAUGCCUCCCUUGAGGAGCGCAAAAGUGAGAAAGAAAACACAUAUCAAGUGCUCCUCUGUGCCACACAUUGUACUAGGUGCUUUGUUAUGUAUUUGUGUUAGAUGUGUGUGUAUGCAACACAUACUUUAAAUUUAUAUGUGGUAACACUUGGUAGACCUGCUAAAAUGGCAAAGCACCUGUUCCUUUAUACGGCCAUGUCCAUCCUCAGAGGAUCUGAAGUGGGGCCAGAGUAGCUAGUUCUAGCUGGCAUUCAGCCUUUCCAGCCAGCUCUAAAUCAUGCCCGCUGGGAAUGCCAUGAUUUUCUACUCUUGCCUAAGCCAGGAGAAAGGAGAAUCCCAAGAAAAAGAAGCGGGGAGAUUAAGGGCAUUUUCUCCACUUCCCUUUAUUUACUUAUUUUUACUCAAAAGUGGGAGUGAAUAUCAGGAAUUCACAAGCUCAUCUAAGCACAAGUUGCCUCUGGCUUUGCAUCAGGAACCGUACGGCUACAGAUAUUAGGAGAGUACCUGUGGAGUGAGUGCUUUUGGUGAACUCUUGCCCCCAGCACCUGCUGCAUCUGCUCUUAAGUGAGCCCUGCUUGCUAGGUACCUCCUCUCCAGAAUCUAGCAGGUCUCCCCUUGGAAGUUUAUUCCAGCAGAGAUGAUAGGGAAUCAGCUUGAAGGGUAUGAUCCCGCUAAACAUAAAGGCUUUAUUUAAUACCGUACUAGGUGCAUAGGAAGCAUGCAGUAUGUUAGCUAUUUUAGCUACAAUUUUUGGUAAGAAUAAUAAUAAUAUUCAACUAAUCUGCAUUACAUCAAUUAUUUCUUCCAUUGUGGAGAUUCUCUCUCCUUUAAACCAUUAAACUUGAAGAGGAAAACAAACCUGAUAAUCUGGUCACAUUUAUGCCCAUAAAUUCUACCUCCAACACAGCCCAGCCCUGAUACCUCAGCUGUAAGCAAAAACUAGUGAAGAAUGGAGAUGCCUUAAGAGGCUUUAUGAGAAAGCUUUUGCAUUGUUUAGUGUGUUUGCAAAGGGGAGUAAUAUGGAAGAACCUAACCAAAGUUGUGAACGAAAUGGUCUCCGUGGUUGUGUGGCGUUUCCCACCUCUCCUUGGAUUAUAUGCUGUAUUAAUCUGCCAUAACUGUUAAAUGGUGUUUGAAGAAAUGUGAAAUUCUAUUCCUUUGAUUUUUAUUUAAAUUCGACCUUAUUAAAAGCAUUAAGCACUAUA